CUGAAAAAACUCUUGUACUGGUACUUUGAGGCAUUUGAGGCUCUAUACUAUCGUUUCCGUUUGCUUCAGUAUGUUUCUACUAAUUCUGUUAAACGUCUAAAGGCUGUUAUGAACGACUAUGAGGUUGUCAGUCAGAUUGGAGAGGGUGCGUUUGGGAAGGCCUUCCUGGUCAGAGACAAAGGGGGAGGUGGAGACCGACAGUGUGUGGUCAAACAGAUUAGUCUCAGGAAGAUGUCAGCGAGGGAAAAGGAAGCAUCCAAGAAGGAGGUGACGCUGCUCUCCAAGAUGAAACACCCAAACAUCGUCUCUUUCAUCAGGUCAUUUGAAGAGAAUGGCAGCCUGUAUAUAGUGAUGGAGUACUGUGAUGGAGGAGAUCUGAUGAAGAAGAUCAACAUGCAGAGAGGACUUCCCUUCACUGAGGAACAGAUCGUGGGCUGGUUUGUUCAGAUCUGCCUCGGCCUCAAACACAUCCAUGACAGGAAGAUUCUCCACAGAGACAUCAAGGCUCAGAAUAUCUUCCUAACCAACGGAGGGAUGAAAGCAAAGCUCGGGGACUUUGGAAUCGCAAGAAUGUUGAAUAACACCAUGGAGCUGGCCAGGACUUGUGUUGGGACGCCGUACUACCUCUCCCCCGAGAUCUGUGAGAAUCGUCCGUACAACAACAAGACGGAUAUCUGGUCACUGGGGUGCGUCCUGUAUGAACUCUGCACCCUGAGGCAUCCAUUUGAUGGUAGCAGCCUGAGACAGCUGGUUGGUAAAAUAUGCAGGGGCCGCUACAACCCAGUACCCACCCGCUACUCCUACGAGCUUCGCCUGCUGGUCACGCAGCUCUUCAAGGUCAACCCCAGGGACCGUCCCUCGGUCAGCUCUGUCCUCAGACGUCCUUUGUUGGAGAAGCACAUCAGCAAACACCUGGACCCUCAGCUGAUGCAGGAAGAGUUUAACCACUCUGUGCCGAAACAACACAGAGCGGCAGCACCACAACCUGCUAAAACAAGGCCAGCAAAUACACCAGGGAGGUUACAGAAGACCAGAGGAGCGGGGAGGCCUGGUGCCGCUGACAAAAGACUACCUGCCAAACCUGACUGGAAAGUCCCCCUCGGACUCUACACACCUGCCAACAACAAACCUCUGAAUCAAAGAGCAGGACAACCACCUGCAGACAGACACUUUGCAGGGAAACAAAGGUUUAAUGGUCAGCAGCCUCUCCACCGUUACCAGCACUACCACGCCCAGCUGGAUGCCUUUCAGAUGAACAAGGAGGACGUUCCUCCUCCUCCUCCUCCUCCUCCUCCACCUCCUGCUUCUCAGGAGAGAUGUGAAGACUAUGCUGCUCCUCCUGUGCAACCAUACCAGUGCGUGGCUGCAGCUCGUAACGAAUACCUGCAGAGGAGACAGGAGGCCAACCAGUACAAGCUGAGAGCAGAGAAGCAGCUGGGUCUGCGUCCGUACACAGCUGAGCGCCACAGGAAGCCUGGCGGUCAGGGGCAGGAAGUGGGACCACCUGAACACACACCUCAAGAUAGGAGACAGGAGGGACAGCAGGAGUACAUUCGCCAGCUGGAUCUCAUCAGGCAGCAGUAUCACCAGGAGAUGAGACAGAUGAGGCUGAGAGCUGAAGCAGAGGCUCAGCCACGGCACAAACAUGAGACCUUUGUGGUGGAGAAACCCAGAGACACAGCUCCCCCUGCAGAAAAUAAAGCUGCACGUGCACAGGAUGUGGAAGCAGCUCUGAAGCAGAUCAGAGAGGAGACCAGAGACCAGAGGAGGAAGCAAAAAGAUAAGAAGGGAAUCAUGUUUGAGAUCCGGUUAGAUGAUGAAGGGACGAAAGUAGAUGCACAAAGAGAGACGGAGGAUAGAGGAAGGGAAGACGAGGACAAGGAUGUGGACCCUCUGAAUCGGACUCUGAGCUUUCAAGAAGGGGAGGAGUUGAAGCUCAGGGAUUGGUUGGAGGUGAGGAGGGGGUGGAGCCACAGGGCUCCUCAAACUCUGCUGGGCGCGCUCGCCAACAUGGACGUCAACUCUGUCUAUAACACAGCAGUCGAGUCUGAACAAGGUGAGGAAGAGGCAGGUCGCAGGCACUGGGUGGACGGCCCCCCCAACACGCUGCUCAACGCUCUGGCUCAGGCACAACUCACCUCAUCAACUCUGGACUCAGUGAUCACAGAUUUGGAUCCAGAGCAGGACAGAACAGAGGAGGUCAUUGAAGAGAGGAGGGAGGAAAAAGAGGAAGAAGAGGAAGAGGACUCUGAUGUGGAGAUGGAUGAAGGACGGCUGGAGCCGAGGUCAGAUGACGACGACACGAACUUUGAAGAGUCCGAGGACGAACUGAGAGAAGCAGUGGCAGACUCCAUGAGGAACCUGUUUGUCAUGGAGGACACGAGUUCAGACGAAAACAUGCAGGUGGCUGAUGACAUGGAGGAGAAAGAGGAUGGGGGUACAGUGAACGCUGAAGAUAAUCAACGAGUCCAACCGGGAGUUGAGGAUUCACAAGAAGUCUCAGCAGCAUUGCUCGAGGGGUUUUCCUCUGUGCGUGAAGAAGGUGACAGUCAGCCCCAGUGUUCAGGCGAGUCCCACACAGACGAUAACACAACCUGAAAUCAGCACACGACCUGAGAACUUACUAACUUAAAGUCUAAAUUCUCACAGCUGGUUCCCAAAUUAAACGUACCCUGUAGAAAGCUGUGAAGCAGCGUUUAGUGUUUAGUUUGAACUGGGGACACAGGCUCUGCAAAUAUGCACCAAUAUGAUACAAUUAGUCCUCGGGCUACUUCCUGGAAUAAGGAUUACAACGCUAAAAUAUCAAAUGCAUUCUCAGUCCACCAGUCCCCUUACAUUUCCAACCUAUAAGCAAAACACUGAUUACGUUUUUUUUGGGUUUAAACCCAACAAUAAACAAUGACCUAGUCAGUCAUGGACUAGAAAAGCGUUACCUCCUCAGGCAGGAACUUUUUAAGAAUACAAGACUCUGAUCUGGUGAGAAUCAGUAAAAUUGUUGAAGCAGUUAUUUUAAACAAAUGCUGAAUUAGUGCACCUAACUUUUGUUUGUUUAAAAGAUAUUGUCAACCUGUGACACUCACUGUCCCGCUAGUUGUCCCCUUUAAGGUGCUUUAAAAGGUCUUAAAAGGUGCACGGAACAAAUUUGCACGAAGCCUUGGUUGAACAGAUGUAAAGUUAAAGAACACAAUAUGUGCACAGGCUCAGUCGUCUCUCUCUCUUGUGGUGUUGAACGUGUUUGUUCAAGUAAAAAGUGAAAGAAGCAGCUGUGAGAAGCAACUCAGCUUCUCAUCUGAACAUAGCUGACCACAGCUUGAAGUAUGUGUGAGUGUUAUGAGUGGUACAGUUUUCCCUGACUCAAACUGCUGAUUCGGUGGUUAUCUGUAUUUUUUUUAUUUUUUUUUUUGCAAA